GACUGUAGACUGCUACAAAGCGAAAGCACUCGCCUAUAGCCUCUAAUAUUAUUUAACGAAUCGUCGAGUCCACUUGUACAUUGUAAUAUAUAGUAGUAAUUGUACAGAGUAGUUUAAGUCGGUAAACAAAUUAUUCUAGUCUUCGUAUUUAGAGAACGAUUCGUGCGUUAUUUUUUUGUACUGAUUUCUCGCGAAAAGAUCUGUGUGCUCGAUUGUAAAGAUAACUCAUUUGCAAUAUUUUCUUUUUGUACGCGAAGAAAAACAACGACUUUAAAGAUGUCAGCCUGGGGAAAAAUUGAAAAUCACAGUAACGUGAGCUUUGAAGAAAUAACGUCCGAGCAACUUGCUCAUAGUCUUCAAGAAAAAGAGAUUAAAAAACACAAUGACCUUGUCUUGAAAAAUACUGCCCAACCAGAAUUAGACAUACCAGACAUAAUUGACCCAAUGAUAGAAAAUGACGAGGCCAUCGCUCAUACCCUGCAAGUUGAAAUCAACCAAGAUCAUGAUUUGCGUCUCAAACGAGAAGAAGAGAUAUUUAAUCGUAAUUCAAAAGUUCAAAUAUCUUAUGACAAUUUUCGAAUGGGCAUUGGAAAUCCUAUUGAAUCAGUUAUCGAUGAUGAUGAAAAAGAAAAAGACAUAGACCGCUUUGUGGCCAUUGAAAAAGUCGCUGCAUCAAUACCUGCCUGUGGUUACAAAAAAGUUGGCCAAGGAGAAGAUGCUCAUAUAAUAACAAAACAUGAUCCAUUGAUAAAUUCACAAAUUAAUGCAUGUCGUGUUCUUGAGUUUCGUUCAGCAAUAGAAACUGGUGAUACUGGCAAAUCAGACAUAAGAAUGGACAACAAAGUAUUCAAUGUUCUUCGAAAACAUGAUCAUGAUGUUUGUUCCAGAGAAAAAGCAAAAGCUCAUCUUCACAAGCCACAAUCAAAAAGUAAAAGCAUAGUUUAAACAAAUUGAAAAAAUUGAAAAUAUU